GGAAGCGGAGGAGGAAGCAGAAAGAACUGCUAACGAUAAAAGACAAAAAAAAAAUGGCUACCCAACGACGGAUAGUACAGGAGACCGAGAAGGUGCAGAAGCAGAAAAUUCGCAAGCAGAAGAAAGAGGAAAGGGACCGUAUGAAGAUGGAACAACAAC